AUGACACCCAAUGAGCAAGCCAACAAGCAAUGCAACACAAUGGCUCUCAACACCAUCUACAACGGUAUAGAUGCAAAGGUGUUUGAGCAAAUCAAGGAUUUGGACAAGGCUAGUGAUGUGUGGACAAGAUUGGAAGAAACAUAUGAGGGCACUACAACGGUAAAAAGUGCUAAGCUCUACAUGCUCAAGAAGCAACUCACCAACUUCAAGAUGAAGGAUGAUGAGAAUAUCCCGGAGAUGUUUCAUAGGCUCCAAGUGAUUGUGAAUGAUUUGAAGAGCCUUGGUGAGAAAGUUAGUGAUGAGGACUUCUCCCAAAAGUUCUUAUGGUGCUUGCCUAAGAGGUUGAAGACCUUGAGAACCAUCAUCUUUAGAGGAGGACUAAAGAAUGUCACACCAAAUGAGGUCCUUGGUGAUGUGAUGACCGAGGAUAGAUAUGAGGAAGAUAGUGACGAUGAGAAGAAGAAAGAUGAUGAGAAGAAUAAGGAGAAGAAGGAGAAGGACAAGACCGUGGCAUUCAAAGCCACAUCUAGCAAGGGCAAAGGUAAAGCCAAGAAGGAAUCAUCAAGUGAAGAUGAUGAUUCAAGUGAUAGUGAUGAUGAAGCUAUGGCUCUUCUAGUGAGGAAGUUUGGCAAAUUCAUGAAGAAGAAGGGUUAUGGAACAAGAAAGAGAAGAGAUACUUUCAAGAGCAAGGGCUAUGUGAGGCUAUGUUACAAGUGCAAGAGCCCGGAUCAUCUUAUUGAGCAUUGUCCAUACAACAAAGAAGAUGAUGAUAGUGAUGAUGAGAGGAAGUCCAAGAAGAAGGACAAGAAAGAAAAGAAGAGGGGCACCAAGGUCUACAUGAAGAAGAAGAAGGGAAACUCUCAUGUGGCUGCAUGGAAUAGUGAUGAUUCCUCUUCUUCAUCAAGUGAGAGUGAAGAUGAUAGAAGAAGCAAGAAGAAGGGACAUGCAAGCAUGGCAAGAGGGAAUCACACCUCUCUAUUUGCUUCAUCUUCACCAACAUGCUUCAUGGCCAAGGGCUCCAAGGUAUACUCUCAUAAUACUGAUAGUGAGCAUGAAUCUAGUUCUAGUGACAGUGAAAAUGAAGAACAUAGCAAACUGGAACUCAUGGAUGCACUAGAUCAAGCCCAAACAAUAAUUAAAUACAAGGGCAAGAAGUGCAAGGAGUUGUCUAAGGAAGUAAAAUCCCUUAGGCAAUCCCAUAGUGAGCUAGAGGCCUCUCAUGAGUGUCUAAAGGAAGACCAUGAUGACCUCACACUAGCCCAUAACAAGCUUGAGAAAGCUUACUCCUUGGUCUUGGAAGAACUUGAGAAACUAAAAGAUGCUAAUGCUAAACUUGCUAAAUCUAAUGCAUCUUUGGAAGCCAUUUGUGAGCAAGUUGUUAUAUCUUGUGAUGUUGGUGUAACAUGUGAUAUUCUUGAUGAGCCUAUCAUUGUUACACCCACAAAUGCUUCCUCUAGCUCCACUACUUCCACCUCUACCAACUCCACUUCUACCACUAGUGAGCCAUCACUAAGGGUAGAAAAUGAGGCUCUUAAGAGCAAGGUGGAAGAGCUCAACCUAGCAUUAAGCAAAACUUAUGUUGGGGAUGCCCGCUUGCUAAAGUUCUUGGGUGACCAAAGAUCUCCAAUCAACAAAGAGGGUCUAGGUUAUAUCCCCAAGAAGGGCAAGGCGGCCUUUGUUCAAGCAAAGCCUAGCUUUGUGAAGAGCAAUGGUCGUUAUUGCUAUAGAUGCAAGCAAGUUGGGCACAUAGAGCAAGAAUGCACAACCAAGCUAAUCUUGCAAAGGAACAAGCAUGUUGCAUAUGCAUCACAACCUAAGGUCAAUGCUAGAAGAAACUAUGCAUAUAUGUAUCAUGCUAGGCCAACACAUACUAAAAGGAAUGUUGCUCACAUGCCACCUAAGCUUAACAAAGGUAAAAAUGUGGCAUACAACACCCAUAAAUUAAAUGUGAGCAAUGCACCUAAAAGGAACAAUGCAUACAUCCCUCCUCAUAAGAGGAACAACAAGUUGGUUGCAUGUGUUCCUCCACCUUUCUUUGAUGCAAGCUACAAGCUAUUUAAGGGGGAGAAAGGUGUGACGGCUAAGUUCCUUGGCAUUCCAUUGAAGGGCACAAAGAAGAAUGCUAUUUGGGUGCCAAAGGACCUUGUCACUAACCUCCAAGGACCCAAACUUGCAUGGGGAUCACAAGAUGAGGAUGAAAAUCAUGAUGAUGUGAGAGGAUCUCAACUAGUGGAUGCGAUGAAGAACAUGGACAUUGGUGAUAUAAGGCCUAGGGAAGUGAUAGAUGUGGAAGAUGACAAAGAUCAAGAGAUCACUUCACCUAAUGUGCAAGCAAGUGGCUCUCAAGUGCAAGAUCAACAAGUGGCUAGUUCAUCAUCUCAACCAAUUGAUCAACCGAGCACAAGCAACAAUGAGCAAGUUCUCCAACCAACUAGUAUUGCAACAGAUCAUCCAUUGGCUAGUAGUUGGUGA